CCCAAUAUAUAUUAUAAUUACGGCCUUGCUUUGAAGAUAGGUGCACGCAAACAGGUCUGAAUACUGGCAUGCGCACGGUGCGACGGUAACUCCUAGCCCCACCCCGAGUGCAGAGGAUGCACGAAAAUAAAAACAAAAUAAAAACAAGAAGAAAUGCCUCCUCCGUUGGGGCUGGACCAGAGAGUUGGGAGGGGACGGGUAUUUGGGGAGGGGGCUACUAUUAAACUGCUCGGUGCUACUUGCGAGCUGCAGCAUAUCGGCACGCAUGCGUGUCAAUUUGGACGUCGACGGACGAGAGAGAGAGGUAGAAUUUAAAAAAAAAUCCCAACAUCUGGCUUCGUCCAUCCAGGUGAUUGCGUUGGUGACCUCGUCAGCCUGGGGCCGAAUUGCACGGCCACUCUCACGCUCGAGUUGCAAGGGAGGAGAAGAACUUCCUCGAGGGGUGUCGACUUUUGGCCCAGUAGACCUCGCUCCUCGCGCAGCGAUCGAAGGUGUCGACUCUCUCUCUCUCUUCUCUCUCUCUUGGUGCCGUGGACGAUGACGGGGGAAGCCAGAAGGAUGGAUGUGCCAGUGAUCCUGGUUCUGCUGGUUGCCCUCUCUCCGCUCCUGAUGUACAUCGCAGGUGCCAGGGCGCAAAGUCGGAGCGGCGAGCAAACUCUGCGGGUCGCUGGCCGGGGAGAGGAGCGCGCGGGCACGCACGCACGGUACAAGCGCUGCACCUGCGAGUCCUACCUGGACCGGGAAUGCGUCUACUACUGCCACCUGGGAGUCAUCUGGGUCAACUCGCCCGAGAGAACUGUGCCCUACGGUGUCGGAGGCUCUCAUCGUGACAGGAGAUCGACCCUCGGCAGCGUCGACGAUGUUGGGGCAUUGCUGCAGCGCCGAGCGGUCGCCCACAGGUGUGCCUGCUCCAUGCGCAGCGACAGGCCCUGCAGGCUUUUCUGCCGGACUCGGGAGCCUCCCCCAAGCUCUUAGUGCACGUGGCCAUGCGUGCACAUUCUGGGAUCCCGGGAGAGCGAUCGCAGUUUGCGCUGCCUUCUGAGAUACUCGGGUGUUGCCGGGGGCCGCUUUGAGAGAGAGAAAAAGAAAUUUCAGCGUGAAAAUUAUCAAUGUGAUGACAAAAAGUGAUUACAUAUUACCACUCCCCCCCCCCCACCGCCCACCCACCGAACUCCCACCUGAUUGUUAGGGGGUCCGCUUAUUUACUGCGUGUGGGACUUGGUGAUAUGUUGGGUUUUUUCAGGGCAAUGAAUCUCAAGAAAUGAUUGUCAGAGGGAGUAAAGCGAAAACUUCUGGAAAAAGUGAUCCGAGACACUGAACGGAAAGAAGCGACGGAGGAUGGCGCAUUGGCAGCAACGUUCUACGCAGAGCAUCGUCAGCCACCACAGACUUCAGCUGCCACGGUUGUGGUCCCCGGAGCCACUGAGCAAACGGAGCAAAGAGCAUCGCAACGCCAAGAGCAACGGCAUCUUUAUGACCGUCGUGGCCCACGUCUCCUAUGUUAUUCCAGUUCGCAACAGGAGAUUAUUAUUAUUUUAUUGUUGUUGUGAAAUAUUAAUUUAAAAUAAAUAUAUAGGGUAAAACGUUGUUGCAACAUUUGUUAACGUCAUGGGUUUUUUUUCUUUCAAUUAUGUUUUUUUUUAUUACAACAACAAAAUGCGAGCCUGACAUACCACGCCGAAAAGUUUCAGCAACAGAGUACGAUAGAUCCGUCGACCAUUCACGUCGUGCUUUAACUUCUCAUGAAAUAUUUCACAGAAGCCACGACCCCCCCCCCCCCGCCGCCUGCCCUGCCCUGUCCUGCCAGGGGAAAUAUAUUUUCUCAGCCACGGACAGGUUGAAAUUAAGCCCCGGUCUACAUGACAUUUCAUGUUAACCCAAUACAACUAUUUACAAAGAACUAUUUACAAAGAAAUUACCGAAAGAACCAAAGAGUAAUUCCAGCAGUCACGAAAGCUUCAAAUCAAGUUUAAAUCACAAACAAUUACUUCCAUUACUCAAAAAAGUGUAUUGACUAAUUGUAUCAUUGUACUCCGUAAAUAUAAACGAAACAAUUCUAAUAAGAAGCUUUAUGCCACGUAGGUUUUAUAUAUAAAUAUAUAACUCUAUCAUACAAAAACAUUUAUAUCAGACGUAUAUAAUUGUAUUAAUUAUGUUCUAAUGUCUGUUAAAGCGUGUUGUCGAACGUGAAAGAAAUGUGUUUAAUAUAAAAUGCAGUGCUGGAGAAGUUACCCGUUUGUGAAUAUAAGGUUUUGUUUAUUAAGCAAUGGCUUCACGGCUUCUUAUUGCUUGGCUCUACAAUGAGGCCACAUUUACUCUGAACCAUAAGGUCACCCUCUCGCGUGAGAGCACAAGUGGAAACCUUCCUAAUUUCUGGGGCAUAAGUCAGAGGGGGAUAAGACAGUUUGGGUUACAAGAUGGAUGGUGUUGUCAAUUCUUUGAAAGAAUCACCCAUUGCCGUCCACAAAUUCUAGCGAGGACACUUAACAACCCUGGGUAGGAACCUGAUGUCAAGCUGUUCACCCCGUUUGCCCCUUCAGCUCAUAAACCCCUGGUCACCUCUGAGUUAACCCCACAGACCCCACAUCUACAGUAAGUCCUCCUCUACUCAAUGGUCCCAGUAAACCACCCUAAGUAUGGUCCAUAUUAAUCUACCUCAACACACUUAAAUGAAGCGGCCUGCCAAACACACUUUUGCUGACAUGACUACAGUUUUGAAGCGUGCGCUUUCAUUAUUGUUGUUUAUAGAGUUUUGCUAUUUCAAACUGAGUAAUUUUUGCCAAUGUAACACAUUUCUCAUGGAUGGCAAAAUAUAUUUUUAAGCAAAACAAGAUAAUAAGGCAGGCUCGCAGCUGCCAAUACUUUUAUUUUAUUGGAUACUAAAAGGAGCCAUAGUUGUAUGUACAAUUCCAUAUUCAUUUUUCUAAAUGAACUACAUUCUCCCAGAACAUUACUGACUUUGCACAUUUCUGUUUAGAACCUAAGUUGCAGCGAUUUCCUGCUCACUGCCAGAUGAUUACACGUGCCCUCUGUGGGUUGAGUGUUUCGAGUCAGCUGUGGGAUGUAAUUUCCAGUUCACACUGCCAGUUGGUCAACACCUUCCUUCAUCAUGGGGGUUGUUGGAAUGACGGUUGCUGCUGUUUCAAGAUUGCCAGCGAAGUAAGUUUGGGAAGUUCCAGCUUCCCCUACAUGAUUUGUUAGAGAUUAUUAGUCAUGAGCCACAAGCUCAUGGAAAGUUGGCGGAAUGGUAGUGGCAGCAUUUGGAAAAUGAUGUGUGCAGUAAUUUCACAGCUGUGAAAAGCAUUCUGGGUUUUUCCAUGUUGGUGACAAACCACAUGUUGUUGUUGUUGAUGUUCUGCUCAACAGCAGCGUUUUUUUUACAAAAUAUGAGCUCAAAGAAAAUGUUAAAUUGCAGCUGAACUUUACAGGAGGUAAGCGCUGCAGUUUGCUAAAACAUGUCUCCCACGUAGAGGUUUGAAAAGUGGUGAAAAGAUUUAAACAGGACAAAUGCCGUUAAAAAAUGACAAGCAUGUGAAAGCAGACAUCCCAAAUUUGGCUGUGUUGUCCCCUAAACGAAUCUACGAUUCUGUCAUUAUUCUGUAAAAAAAAAAGGGACAAAUCCGUGUUUGUAGUACCUGAGAAAAUAUGGUCAAAUUCAAUCACUGGGCUUUCCAAUGAUAUAUAAGUGCAGGUUAACGUUGGGGCACCGUUACAAAUAUUCAAAUAUUUGUCUCGACUGGAAAGGGAUGUGUUUGUGCAGGGGGCGUUCCUAGACUCGCUGCUGCCAGCAACUGGCGUCCCAGGCGAACCGCGCAAUGGGCACCUCCACUCCCCAAACCCCAAGGGCAGAUCUAGACUGAGGUUUUUGGUAAACUGGGAAACAUUUUACCACUAUUUUCCAUUCAAUGUUUUUUUUGUGUGUAUUUUUUUAACAGAGGGCAUAAUUAUUCGGUUUGUCCAUCCGUCCGUCAAUCUGUCCAACCAAUAUAUUAUAAUUCAUGUUCCCUCUGCACGCGCACGGGAAUUGAAACAAUGACAUCUUCAUUAUUGUAGUAGUAUUUUUUUCCCUCGAAUUUGGCGCCCCACUUAACUUGGCUUCCUUGUCGACCGUCUAGUUCACCCAUAUGAACGGGCCGCCCCUGUACUUGUGUGCCCUACACUUUUGGAAAAGUUGAGUGUACUGUGCACCUAAACGCAUAUACUGUUCGUAUUGCUUAAAUAAUGCCACUGUUUGAUAACUUUUUACGAGCUCUUUUGCAGUACAAUAUUAUUUUUCCAGAAAAGUUGUUUAUCGUGCAUUUUAUUUACAUUAAGGGAUACAAUAUAGAAUACAAUAUAAAGCUGCUUACACUAUACAGUAUAUCAGCCACAGUUUUCAAUAACUGUUUUGUUUAAUGAAUGUGAGUAAAUGGUUAUUUGUGAGAUUUGUAUAUGACAGUGCAAUACACCGCUGUAUCCGAACAUUUUUUUUAUCUGAGUAAAUGUUGAUCUUUCUAUUA